UGAUCUAGAAGAGGGAUCCCGGUGAUGUCUUCUACCGCCUUGAUUCCGUGUCCGUAUCUAUGAUAGAAACCACCUUUCCCGGCUUCCAGUGCGGAAUGUGAUUGGCCAGAAUCGAGGAAAAAAGAACUGUGGGGCGUACCUAAGCCUCCUAAAGUUUAGCCUGGAGCGAUAAGGCUCGCUGAUAUCAAAUCGGACCAGCUUGAUUCACCCUGUACAUACUCACUUGUGCAAAAAGAAAAAUAGUACAUGUUGUUUGCAGGUACAUACUCUGAUCACAUAGCAUUUAAAUAUACAGUGCAAACAUGCUCCGCCGUCAAAAAUCAUAUCACUCCUUCCCCCCUGAAGAACCCUCGAAUGCGCCCUCCACCUUUAACGACAAACUCCCGCUACCAAAACUCAUCGUCUUCGAUCUCGACUACACCCUAUGGCCAUUUUGGGUAGAUACGCAUGUCAGCGCCCCUGUGAAACCCAAAGAUAACAAUUCACGAUGUGUCGAUAAAUGGGGAGAAUCAUUCGCUUUCUACCCCGCCGUCUCCUCGAUCCUUCACUCGGCGAAAUCGCAUAACAUCCCACUCGGAAUAGCCUCAAGAACACACGCCCCCGAUCUUGCGCGCGACAUGCUUAAAGCCCUGCACGUAAUACCAACAUUCACCGACAACCCCGCCGCACGGGACACGCGACGCCGCACCGUACGCGCUCUCGACUAUUUCGACUACAUUCAGAUCUUCCCGAGCAACAAAACGCAGCAUUUCACGCGCCUACAUCAAUCAAGCAACAUACCGUACGAUCAAAUGUUAUUCUUUGACGAUGAGGCGCGCAACAGAAAUGUGCAGACGGAGCUGGGUGUUACGUUUUGUUUAGUUAGAGACGGGAUGACGAAAGAGGAAGUUGAUAGGGGUGUGUGGGAAUGGAGGAAGGCUUUUGGGAUAAAACCUGGAGAUCAGCCGGGGGAUUUGGAGGAGAGGGAGGUUAGUCGGUUUGAUGAGUGA